AUGCGGUCUAAACGAAACGAUAUCAGGAUUUCCCGUAAAUUUGUCCCAAAUCCUGGAUCAUUAAAGACGACAAAAAGGGACAGACAUAUCCGGUCCAUAAGCAGUGCAAAGUCAAAGUCGAAGAACGAUGACAAUGAUCAGGAUUUAACCACGACACCUAGCGACAAGGUUCCUGUUGUUAAAGAUAACCGUAAUUCUGAAAGAAAGUCGAAAAACUCCGCUGCUUCUAACCUGGGAUCCAGUCUGAAGUCAAGAGUCAUGUCAGAUCCAAAGCGAAAGCCCACUGAUACAAGUGACAGCCGUUUAGCAUUAUCCGAACAGAAGCGUAAACGCUCAGGGGCUGAAAACUAUAUCAACAAAAGGUUUUUGUAUGACGUCGUAGAACCUCCUAAGCGUAACCGCCAGAAAAAGUUCCUACACUUCACAGACCGGUCAACAGCUGCUCUCAUGGCUGUUUCCUCCGCCAACCUUCUUAAGAAACACAAGUCGAAACUUAGUGUUUCUUCACAAAUCCCUAGCGAUCGUGAUUUAUUUCCUCGUGUUAAAAGUCGACAUGGUCGACGCCUCAAGCCAAAACAUGAGUACAGUCCUUCUCAAUCAGCUGAUGAACAUCAUUCUUUUGAUCAACCCCUCUCCAUUGACAGUAGUUGGAAACCCAUCAGAAAAAACAAAAUUUUAUCACAGGCAACAAAAUCACGAUCUGAACACAAAUCAGAUACGACCAACUAUCUCAAACAUGACAAAUACAAUAAAGAGUACUAUUCGUCCGAUGAAGAUCGGGAAGGUAAUGAACUUGAAGGAAUUCUUUCAUCUAAGACCUAUUAUCCCGAUGCAUCGUGUAUAUCAACUUACUCUGACAUGUUUAGUGAACUUCAGAAACCAGAACAGCUUAUUCACGGCCAGAACCCGGAUACUAUGGAAAAUCAUGGAAGAUCGGAAUCAUCUAGAUUAAAGAAUCGUUCUAACCUUAGACGUGUACUCAGUCCAAGCUGUAACCAAAAAGAACCUACCAAUACAUUUUUACGGCAAACUAUGUUUCGUUCUGAUGAGAUUUCUCCUCCUAUUGAUCGACACACCACUAAUAUUCUUGAUUUUUGCAUUAGUUCGAAUGUUGAUCAGUUCGCACAUUUAAGAACCAAUUUAGAUAAAACAGCUAUACAUGAAGAUGAUCUGGAGUCUGCAGAACCACAUGGACUCGUUAAUAGACGAGUUCAACAGUCUCAAGAGGAACUGGAGGAAGAUUUACUUGCUCCAGAACUUUCCAUCAUUACGGGCUCAAACACUGCUACCAGUUCUGAUGGCGUAUUAGUCUCUACAUUGACAGAUACUGGAGCAAUGUUAUCCUGCAAUUCAUCUUCAGGUAGUAGUCGACGAAAAUCUCCUGUUAGACCAAUGCAAGUGCUGAGAACAAAAACCACUCAUACUUCUACAACCGCAGCACCUAGUAAUGCAUCACCGACUAUGUUAGUCACAGGUUCUGAUAAUAACCCGUUUGUCUUCACAUCACCAUCUGUGGUUACAAAUACUGUAUAUACCAGGUCGUUAUCAGACUUAGAUCUUGGCCAUGAUGGAGAUGUGUUAACAUCUGGAAUGUGCUCUGUUUUGUCUGGUAACAAUUCACAAUCGCUUGGCGAGUCUAAUCAGCCCUUAGAAAACAGUUAUGUUGUGAACAAUUCGGAAUUAGAAAUUCACUCAAUCAGCGAUCAUUCACAUCAAAUUUUGUCUUCUGGAUCACCUCUAACAUUGACAUCCAUUAGUUCUGUUAAUCAAGUUCCAGUUUGUAUUGAUAGUCCGAAUGUAUCAAAGGGAAAUACAACAGUUUCGUCAGGCUUAUUGCCAUCACUUCUUACUCAGUCUACUACACGCCCAGAUUUGUAUGAUUCGAUAUUCAAUAUUUCUAAUCAUUUUCAUUUUUUUCCAUUCAAGGUUCAUGAACAACCGGUUGCAACAUUGACUACAGCUGUAAAUGAUGCACCCCUAGAACCCAUCUACGUUUCAACACCUACAGUUGGUGAGAAUUUCAAUUCUGAACAACUUUUUUCUGUCGAUUCCUGUGUAUCAAGAGCUUUCAAAGUUGAAAUCAACGGUGCCCAUUUAAUUCGAAUGAAUCCUGAAGGGCAUUCAAUAUCGGGAAAUGAUCGACAAAUCAGAACAAUUUACACUACCCCACAAGGUGCUACAACUUUGGCAGCUACAUAAAUCACAAACUAAGUGUUAUUUUGUUUCAUUUCAUUACCAUUAAUAAUUUUACUGUCAAAAUUGUUUUCAGUCUCUGUUAUAUCAGUUCUUUUAACUUCACUUCUAAAUGUACUACAACAGCAUCCUGAGUAAACAAAUCCACCUUAUAUAAAUCUGGUUCACAUCCUAGUCCGGUAUUUAUACCUCUACCCUUCCAAUGCCUUCGCUUUCGGUUCAAUUCCGGCUAUAUUCAUUCAUCAUUUAUAAUUUUAAAAAAAAACAACAAAUGAACUCAUAUUUUUUUGUUCGCAAAAUUACUCAUUUGUCUUUUUCAAAGUUGGAUUUCUACAAAGACACGUCAAUUUCCUUGAAUAUACAUGUAAUCUUGUAAAACUUAACUUAGUGUCUUUUUUUUAAUCACUUUCAUUGCGCCUUCAUCUUUUUGUCCUUUAGUGUUUGUGUAUGUGUUUUCGAGCUUAUUUUCUACACUGAGAAGUUUCUAAUUUCAUAGGAGCUUCUAUCUUAAUCAUACUAUUCAAGUUGAUGAAGUGAACUAUUGUACUUUACCAUAUGUAAACACCUUAAAAGCGUUGUAAUUCUAAUAUUAUUGAUGUGAAUUGCUAUUAUCAAUAUCGGUAUGUGAUAUAAAUCUAAUAUACGUAAAGCAAUUUUCCA